AUGAAGUACAUCAUCAGCAUCGUGGCGUUGCUUGCCUCCAUGGUAUCUUCCCAUGCAGAGCCACCGAGAAGCAUGUCAACAAGGGAGUUCCGCAAGGCCUUUUUGGAAGGCGGGAUUGUUCCAGAUGUUCUAGGGUCAUUUGAUCCCAUUGUGUCUUUCUAUGCCGCGUAUCGGGCACACGAUGGCGACAAAGCUCUCAUCAUGCCCGACUCCAGGCUUAAGAUGAAGGAGGCCAAGUUCCCGUUCGAGUUCAGCGUCGAAAACAUGGCCAGCGCACAAAACAUCACACGGAAUUCCAGGUUCAUUGUUUACAUGAUCGGACCUGACUAUCCGACACGCGAGAAUCCGACCGAUCGUAGUGUGAGGCACUACCUCGCCGGCAACUUUACCGUGGAGCAGACGAAAUCGGAGGUCCUCUCUUCAGCAAUCAUCUUGAAGAACUCUACGCCCGCAUUCAGCGACUACAUAUCGCCAGAGCCCAAGGCAGGAAGCGGGGUGCACAGAUACGUUUAUCUGCUCUACGUCCAGCCUGAGAAGUUCAACAAAAUGGGUUUCGACGGGGUGGGUGUCGAGAAAAUGAACCGCAAGAACUUCAACGUUUCCCAAUUCCGUCAACAGGCUGGUCUCGGGCGGCCGAUUGGCGGCACCUUCUUCAUGGUGAAUAUGGCUCCGAGCGGCAGCGGCAGCGGCAGCGGCAGCAGUGGCGGCGGCGGGAACAACAACAACAACAAUAACAAUAGUACAGGAAACAAUGGGAACGGUCGAAGCACUGCUUCAAUCGCCACUGCUGGUUCCAUCUUCAUGUUCAUCACUCUGCUUGCAACCAUGUUGGUGUGGAUGUGA